AUGAAAGAUCAUAUUAAAGAAAAAUUAGAUGCCGAUGAACUUUGUGUUAGUAUGCUCCAGAAAUCUGAAGAAAAGGGUUUAACAUUUGAUGAUUUAUGGAAUAAAAAGAUAAAUUCUGCUGCAAGUACUGAAAAAGAACGUAUGGCUUUAAACAGUAUUUGGGUUCAAUCGGUCAUUAAAACUAUAUUUGAUGAAAAACAUCUUUCUAUAAAAAUUGAUUCAGAAGUUAUAGAAACGUGA